AUGUUUUACACCGGUGGGCUUCCGUUUAACUUUGCAAGGAACCCACAUUAUCGUAGUUCCUAUGCAUUUGCUGCUACUCAUAGCAUUUCGGGUUAUCUUCCUCCUGGAUACAAUGCUUUGAGAACAACACUUUUGCAAAAGGAAAGAGCUCAUGUUGAAAGACUUUUGAAACCAAUUAAGGACUCUUGGCUUGAAAAUGGUGUAAGUAUAGUUUCUAAUGGAUGGUCAGAUCCACAAAGGAGGCCUCUUAUUAAUAUUAUGGCUGUAUCAGAUGGGGGUCCAGUAUUUAUAAAGGCAAUUGAUGGGUCAGGUGAGUUCAAAGACAAGCAUUACAUUGCUGGGGUGUUGAAGGAUGCUAUAAAAGAGAUUGGACAUGAAAAAGUUGUCCAAAUCAUCACUGAUAAUGCUAAUGUGAUGAAGGCUGCUGGAGCUCUUAUUGAGGGUGAGUAUCCUAAAAUAUUUUGGACACCUUGUGUUGUCCACACUCUCAAUCUAGUUUUGAAGAAUAUUUGUGCAGCAAAAAAUACUGAAAAGAAUGAAGUUACAUAUGAGGAAUGUAGUUGGAUUACAAGUGUUGCUGAUGAUGUAUCUUUCAUACGUGUUUUUAUCAUGAACCAUUCUAUGAGGUUGGCAAUGUUUAAUGAAUUUUGUCCAUUAAAAUUGCUCCAAGUUGCUGAUACUAGAUUUGCUUUGGUGGUUGUAACGUUGAAAAUGUUGAAGUUGAUAAAAAGAUGCCUUCAAGCCAUGGCUAUUAGUGACCAAUGGGCUUCUUAUAGGGAGGAUGAUGUUGGAAAAGCUCAAAAGGUGAAAGAUAUGAUUCUAAGUGAUCUUUGGUGGGAUAAUAUUGAUUAUAUCCUUGAAUUCACAGCACCCAUUUAUGAUAUGCUACGAAUAGCCGACACAGAUAAGCCUUGUCUUCAUCUUGUGUAUGAGAUGUGGGAUUCCAUGAUAGAGAAGGUGAAAGCAGUGAUAUAUCGGCAUGAAGGCUUGGAAGAUGAUCAAUAUAGCUCAUUUUGGGGUGUGGUGUAUGAUAUACUCAUUGAUCGGUGGACUAAAAAUUCUACACCACUACAUUGCUUGGCUCAUUCCUUAAAUCCUAAGUAUUACUCCAUUGAAUGGCUUUUGGAGAAUCCAAAACGCAUCCCUCCACAUCGGGAUCAUGAAAUUUCUAUGGAAAGAAGCAAGUGUUUGGAGCGAUACUUUGAAGAUGAGAAUGACUUAAUGGUGGUGAAGUAUGAGUUUGCUAAAUUUUCAGGAGGGAGGUUUCCUUCACCAAGUGCCUUGACGGAUAGGUGGACCUUACUACCUUUGGUUUGGUGGCAAUACCAUGGCUCCGCAUUUCCAACUUUUCAAACCCUUGCCCUUAAACUUCUUGGACAACCUUGCUCAUCCUCAUGUGCUGAGAGAAAUUGGAGCAGGUACAAAUUCAUUCAUUCCUUAAAAAGAAACAAAAUGGCUCCUGCACGCGCUGAAGAUUUGGUAUAUGUGCAUUCUAAUCUUCGACUCUUGUCAAGGCGCAAUGAAGAGUACAUACAUACCGCAACAAAGAUGUGGGAUAUUGCAGGAGACUCUUGGAAUGAGAGCGACAUGCAUGGAGGAGUUAGAAUUCUUGAGAAUGCAGCUCUUACACUUGAUGAGCCAGAGUUGGAGGCCAUAGUUAUUGGGAAUGUUAACACUGGUGCUACUACUAGUGAAAGUGAAGUUCGAAGUGAAGCUAUUGAUCUUGAGGAUGAUGAUAUUUGUGUUUGA